GGACGGCAAAGUCAAAAGUCCUAAUCGCAGAUGAAGACGAACAACACCACCACAAAUCCCACUAAUAUCACCCAUUAUUCAAAAUUGUUUCAUAAAAAUCAUCAAUAUAUAUCAUUCUGAAACAUAUUCUCUUGUUAAUCCUCUGAUUCCUUGAAGCUUGCCAAAACCCAGAUCUCUGCAUCAACGAUUUCUGACGUUAUACUUGACGCAGGGAUUUUCAAGAAUCAUGUCUUUCACCAUAACAAAGUCAAUACUGAUUGUAACCGCCAUUUUCAGCUUCUUUCAAGCUCCAGUUUCCGCAAGCUCGCCCCACGUUAUCAACUUCCGAUCACCCAACCUUUACCCCGAGUCACUCGCAUACGACCCAACGGCCCAACAUUUCAUAGUCGGCUCCCUCAACCACCCAACCCUCCUAGCGAUAUCCGAUGCCGGUGUGGUCAACACUCUAGUCAAUGAUCAAUCCCUCCCUGACACCUCAUCCUUCCUCGGUGUCACCGUAGACAUUUUCCACCACCGUUUGCUUGCAGUCGUCUACAACCGUUCAGACCCUUCCAAUGGUGCGCUUGCCGCCUAUGACUCGCGUGCGCCGCACACUCGCCUCUUUCUCACCACCCUCCACGACCCUGCAUCAUCCCCGACAGCCGCAGGGGCCAAUGACGUCACUGUCGAUUUCUCGGGCAACGCUUUUGUGACGAACUCCGCCAGUAACUUGAUCUGGAAGGUUGAUCGUGACGGUAAAGCUUCGGUUUUGUCUAAAUCGAAAGUAUUUAACAAAACAGCCGCAGUCCCCGACAUGCUCCACAGCUCAUGCGGGCUUAACGGUAUUGCGUAUUGUACCAAAGGGUACCUUCUUGUCGCACAAUCUAACACCGGUAACUUGUAUAAAGUCGACGACGAAGAGGGUACCGCUAGAAAGAUUAGAUUAAACCGGGAAUUAACCGCUCCUGACGGGAUUGCGCUUAGAAGGGACGGUGUUCUAUUAGUGGUGUCGCAACAUAAGCUUUAUUUCAUCAAGAGCGAUGAUAGUUGGAGCGAAGGUGUGGUUUAUGACGAAACUGCCCUUGACUCUGAGAGUUUCGCGACGUCAGUGACUGUAGGAGCGGAGGACAGGGUCUAUGUGCUGUAUGGUCAUCUGAAAGAGGGUAUUUUGGGAAAUUCGCAAAGGGAUGAGUUUAGUAUAUUGGAAGUAAGAUCAGAAGAUGAGAGUGCAGGUGAGGCGGUUUGGGUGUAUGUGUUGAUCGGGUUUGGUUUGAUCUAUUUCUUGAUCUGGAGAUUUCAAAUGCGUCAACUUUUUACGAACAUGAACAAGAAAAUUGCGUAAACCGUUUAUGUUUAUAUUCUGCUGUGCUUCAAGAUGAUGGUUUCUACAGAUAUAUUGAAGCAAAAAAAAAAAAAAAUUGGUGAUUUUUUUUUGCAGAUUUUUGUUGAAUACUUGCAGUUUUAGAUACUGAGAGAGUGGAAGGUUUGUGUAGGUUUGAAUACCUUAUGUAACUGUUUACAUUAAGUGGAUUUAUGCUUUAAUAAUUUGUAUUUCUAAAGUAGUUACUAUUCUUAUACCAAGGAAUGUAAUAGUAUGAGUAAAUUGCCAUUUUAGUC